AUGUUGACUAAGAGAGGCCCUGGACGUCCUCCAAGGCCCAAAUCUUUGUCAGUAGUAUUGGGCCAAGGUGGGCCGAAGAGGGGCCCCGGACGCCCUCCUAGAAGUGGACCUAGGGGCGUUGUUGCUGGUGUAAAGCCAAGAGGCAGGCCCAAGAAGGACGGUUCUUCCACGGUGAAGCGGCCCGGAAGGCCACGUGGCAGGCCGCUGAAGAUUGUGGCAGUUGCUGUUGGCAGUGGCGGUGAUGCCGCUGCAGGAUUGGGUCCUCUGAGUAAUGACGGUAAAGUGUUACCGGGGAAGCGGAGGGGUCGUCCGCCAAUGGCUGCUGGGCCUAAAAUGCCUAGAAAAUUUACUGGGAAACCUUUGGGCCGGCCCAGAAAGGUCUACGGGUGUUCUGAUAUCCCAAUGGGUAUGGCAAUCGUCGUGUUCUUGACCCUCCUUCUGGCUUGGCAAACUGUGGGUUGCUGCUUUGGCCUGGUUUGCCCUGAUGUUGAUGAUUACAUGCCAAGCACCAGUUGA